AUGGAUUCAUUCAACUCCAAAAUUGAGUCUGCAAUUUCUGCAGGUAAAAUUCCAGGUGCCGUCACAGCUGCCAGCAAUGCUACGAGAUCAUUCGUUCACGCCUCAUCAUACGGACCUCGUUCUCUUCACCCUGACUCAUCCACACCUUUGAAAACAGACGCCAUCCUCUCGAUUGCCUCCUGCACCAAACUCAUAACCUCGAUUUGUGCUCUCCAAUGUGUUGAGCGCGGCCAAUUCACUCUCGAUGAAGAUGUUUCCCGACUCCUCCCUGAACUCAAACUCGAGGAACUUGAUAUCAUCCAGGGAUUCGAUUCCGAGGAAAAGCCCAUACUUGUCAAGGCUACUAGAAACAUCACGCUCCGUAUGCUUCUCACCCAUACGUCCGGGCUAGCAUACGAUGUCUUCACGGCUAACUUGAUUCGCUGGCGAGCAACACGAGGUGAAGUUGCCACGCUUGACAAAGGAACCCUGAUAUCACGUUGCAAAACCCCAUUGACAGCUGAACCUGGGGCUUCUUGGGAUUAUUCUACCGGACAUGAUUGGGCCGGUCUAAUGGUCUCACGAGCCAACAACAUGACAUUGCAAGACUACUAUAACAAAUACAUAUGCACACCCCUUGGCAUCACAGAUUUCGCAUUCCAAAUCGAUGAAAAUCCUGAUUUACUUUCACGCUUGUUUGAUCAGGCUACUCGUGUCGGAGGCAUUACUCCCUUCGGUACCGCCGCCGAUGCCACCGGUGCGCUCGUCCACGCCGAGACUAGAUUUUGGUCACCAGAGCACCCCGACGACGCAGGCGGAGCGGGAGCUCAUAUGAGUGUACCUUCAUACCAAAAGAUCUUGCACAGCAUCACAAUUUCAGACGAGAAGCUUCUCAGCAAAACGAUGAAUGACAAGCUUUUUGAAGCGCAAUUGACAGAACCGCAAUUGGCGGCUAUAAAUUACGCGCGUCAGAUUCCGGAUGUACGCCAAAUAUUGACCCCCUCAAUUCCAGUCGAUACGAAACUUGAUUAUGGGUUAGGAGGAAUGAUAGUUCUGGAAGAUUUGGAAGGGAGGAGAAGAAAAGGGGCAAUGCAUUGGGGCGGAUUGCCAAAUUUACUUUGGUGGGCUGAUCGAGAAGCAGGUGUUAGUGGAAUUUAUGGGAGUCAGUUGAUACCUACUGCGGAUAAGCAGAUUAUAGAGAUGUUUGAAGAGUUUGAGAAGGCUAUUUAUGCAGAGGUGGGGGCUUGA